GGUUAAGGGAGCAGUCUACUAUGAUAAUUGUGUGGUAACUGACAGUGCAGUGGAAAAUAUCGUAUAUGUAGGUUUGCAUCAUUAUUCAUAUCAAAAAAUUACACUUUAAUCUAAAAUGUCAUCUCCUGCACAGGUGUUAAAAAGUAUUGGUCCAAAGUUAGUCCCCUUCUUUAAAAGUGUGUCUGUAUAUUUUAUAUUACUGGCUGAACAGCCGUCUCUACUGACGGCAUGUUUCAAAUGUUUACCAAUUAUAAGUCUUAUCGUUUUUGUUCUGCUACAUGGAAUUAAUUUAUCGCAGGAAUAUACCUUUUCGAGGCGAAUAUUGACAGGAUUAAUAUUCAGUUGUAUAGGAGAUGCAUUAUUGGUUUGGCCCAGUUGUUUCACACCUGGAAUGUGCAUGUUUGCUUUAGCUCAGAUUAUGUACAUCAGUGCAUUUGGUUUUAUACCGCUUAACAUAAUGCUAGGUACAAUUUUAUAUGCGAUGUGUUCGCUAGUCAUAUAUACUUUAAUGCCUGGUCUAAAUGGAAUUCUGGUUAUUGGAGUUCCAGUUUACACGGUAUUAUUAACUACUAUGGCAUGGAGAGCAAUUUCUAGAGUACAAUUUUACAAAGAAUUAUGGACGUGGACUAAAUUAUGUAGCUGCAUUGGCAGUAUAUGUUUCCUUAUAUCUGAUACUUUACUUGGAUUUCAUUAUUUUCAUACACCAUUACCUUAUUCUCAGGUUUCUAUAAUGUUAACGUACUAUGCAGCUCAAUUAGGAAUAGCUUUGAGUGCAGUUGGUUCUAAAAAUAAUAAUAACAAUAAUAAUAAUAUCAACAACGAUAAAAAAAAUGACGUAGCCUUAAUGAAAGAUUAAGAGAAAAUUUUGUCUUUAUAGACUAUAAAUAUUAUGAAUUUAUAUUAUACUGCUCAACAUAGUUAAAAUGAAACACAAAAUACGACGAAAGUACGGAGAUAGGGUUAUUAUUAAAAGAUUAAUUUGUACAACAUUAAUGUACAGCAUUAUAUGUUAUGAUGAAGAUAAUAAUUUAUAUACUUUAAUAUGUCAUACUAUAAAUUAUAUGUUUUAGUUUAGUAUAAUUGUUUUAAAAUAGGUAUAAUGUAUCUCAUUGAAAAAUUUAUAAUAAUCGUAAAACUAAAAGUCCUAAACACUGCCACUUUCUUAAGGCAAAAAUUUUUACCUCAUUCUUUAUGAUUUAUUAUAGUCGAUACUUAUUGCAUUUAUAAUCUUUUAAUGAAUAUUAUCCAUCUGUAUGUAAUUAUGUCAAGUCAGAAAAAAAAAUACUUUAAAUGCUGUGAAUUAUUAAAAAUAAUUGCAUAAUAAUAUUUAGUAAUAAUUAGAAUAUUUUUCUUAUACUCGCAAAAAUUUUUUCUUAAUUAUUAUUAUAUAUUCAUAUCUACCAUUAUCAUAUUAUAUUCGUUUAUUAUAUUGAUGUGAAUAUUGAAUGGAGAUAAGAUAUAAGUAUUUCCACUUAUCGUUUCGAAUAUGAAAAAAAUUCUGUGUAUAUAGUAUUUAUAGAAACAUUGAUUUAUUAUAUCACACGCAUAGUUUGCGUAUUAUUUCACGAUAAAUUUUGUGAACCAAAACAUAUUUUUUGGCUCAUAAUAACGAAUAAACAUGUUAAGUAUUUCAUGUUAUGAUAGAAAUAUAAAAAAUGAAAUUCUAUUACUUUCGUGUUGUAUGAUGAUAUACAAAAAAAAAAAGGAAAAAU